CUCUACAAAAAUCUCUUUUAGGUACAUAUCAAUUUUAUCUUUAGGUACAUUGGGCGUUGUCCCGGCCCAUAAAGAAGCCCAUUUAUGACGGCAACCUCCCGGAACGGCGAGCUGUGGAGUUUCAAACCCUCGCUCCCUCUCACACACACAAAAACGCAGCUAUGAGCUUAUCACUUUUACAGGGCUAUUCAUCCCCCGAGGAGGAAGACGACGAACAAAGAUACCUCAAUUCUUCCGACGACGAAGAAGAUGACCGCCGGAAUGAGGAUAUUUCUGGUGACCGUACAACCAGCAACAAUUUUAAAAAGCCCUUGUUCGAUCCACCAAAUCCCUCAGCCUCUUCUUCUCUUCCUUCGGCAAUGGUUGCGUUUUCUGAAAUUUCAGGACCUCCACAGUUUUUGAACAACACAGUUGGCGACUCAGCAGAAAAAGAUACUGAUGUGCAGCUGUUGCGGCAUGGUCGCCGGAAAAACCGCAGAGACAAAAAUGAUAUGCCUGAAGGUGCUGUAAUGCAGGCUAAAGCUCAAUUAGUUGGAAUCCGUGAGAGAGUAAGCAGUGAUGCUGGAAAGAAUACUCAAUCCAAGGUUUCUUCAACUGUAGGAUCAACAAAACGUGUGGCAACUGCCACUAAUCCAACUGCAGAAGAUGCUGCUGACCUUUUAAGGAUGUGUGUGAAGUGUGGGAUACCCAAGACAUUCUCUAAUGCACGGGGGAUGGUAUGCCCUGUGUGUGGGGAUCGUCCAGUUGCAGACACAAACACGGAUGAAACAUCUAAGAAGAAAGGGUCUAUGAUUAAAGAUAAGGAAAAGAAUAAGCGUAUGAAAGGCCAAUCAUCACAUGCCACAUGGAAAAGUGAAACGGAGAUGCACCUUCGACAGCAGUUUGAUUGAUUAACAACACAUUUCUCUAUAAAGAAACCAUGUAUUUUUUCAGUUUGUUACAACUUGUUUAACUUUUUUAUAUAAGGAGUCUGCAUGUACUAUUUUGUACUCUGAUCAUCAAUGUGUUCUUAAGCCUUGUAAGCAAUGACAUGAUAUUUUUCAAGUCAUCACAAAAAAGCCAUGUAUAUUUUUUUUUCUCCACAUAAAUUUUCCAUCAAGAGUUGUGGCUUGUGGGUUAAAAAUCUAAGACAUAAAAUUAUUAUCAAGACACAAGAAUAUACACCAAGAAACAGUAAAAGCCCGAGUCGUUUAACUUAAUACAUGACGAUGGGCCACCUUUU